GUUUUAGUACCAUAUUAUGUUCUGUCCGAAACAUAGAAUGGAUCAACUUUCCAUCCUCUCGCUGGUUACACAAGUAAUGAGUGAUGGAUGGACCUGGUGUCACUAGUCACACGUCAGGACCCUGGUCAGCAUCUAGUCACCAAGGCCACGUAGGCAAGAAAUUAACUGGAGAGCUAGUAUGGUCUUUUCAUUUUAGUAUUUCCAUGGUUUAGCAUUCCAGUUGGUUCCCUCCAAUCCUCUGGUAUCUGGAGACAGUUUCGAACACCUUGAAGUGAACAAACCAUUAGACUAUAAAACAAAGUCUCCAACUACUCUCUGGAACUCUCAACUCUCUACUCUCUACUUUGUAAGCUCAAUUCGUCUUCACUGAGAGAGACAGAUGGCGGCGAUAGAGUCUGAUUUUGGAGCUUUCGUUAUGAAACUGCUUCUACAACCUCCAGUAACUGAUUCUCCUCAACAACUUCCCUUGAACGGCCUCACUUUCGCCGUCAAAGACAUAUAUGAUGUUGAAGGAUACGUGACUGGAUUUGGGAAUCCGGAUUGGGCGAGGACUCACCCACCAGCAAUAUCAACGGCUCCCUCUGUUUUAGCUCUCUUGAAUGCGGGUGCCACUUGUGUUGGCAAAACUGUCAUGGAUGAAAUGGCCUACUGUCUAUAUGGAGAGAACAAACACUAUGGAACUCCCGUUAAUCCAUGUGCCCCAGAUCGGAUACCUGGAGGAUCUUCAAGUGGAUCUGCUGUAGCAGUGGCUGCAAAGCUUGUAGAUUUCUCCUUAGGCACUGACACUGGAGCAAGCGUAAGAGUACCAGCAGCAUUUUGUGGAAUUUAUGGGUUUCGGCCUUCACAUGCAACUGUUCCUAUUAGUGGAGUUAUUCCUAUGUCACAGAGCUUUGACACAGUUGGGUGGUUUGCAAGGGAUCCUGUGAUCUUAAAUCAAGUAGGGCGCGUGCUAUUGCAAUUGACUAAUAUGGAACCUGUACAACCAAGUUUCCUUAUCAUUCCUGAUGACUGUUUCCAACUUCUGGGCAUUCCCAGUGAACGAGUGACUCAGGUGCUUAUUGAGUCUUUCAAAAAGUUGUUUGGAGAUCAAGUUGUUAGACAUACAAACCUUGGUGAUUAUGUUAAGGAUAAAGUUCCAACUUUAAAGCAUUUUAUGACUGAAGAAAAUGAUCAAACGGAAUAUAACAUACCAUCAUUGAUGGCCCUUUCUAGCGCCUUGAGGAUGCUUCAGAGGUGUGAGUUCAAAAACAAUCAUGGAGAAUGGAUCAAUUCAGUUAAGCCUGAUUUAGGUCCAGGCAUAUCAGAAAGGAUACAGGAUGCCCUUCAGACAACGAGUGAAAACAUUGACGUCUGUAAUGCUGCUAGGAAUGAAUUCCGUACUGCUCUUACAGACCUUCUUGAGGAAUAUGGUAUCCUUGCAAUCCCUACAUUUCCUGGUCCUCCAUUUAAAUUGCAAACAGAUACUGUUACACUUGAACAUUUCCAUGCUAGAGCAUUCAGCUUGCUAUCUGUUGCUGGAUUUUCAGGGUUUUGCCAGGUCAGCAUACCAUUGGGAACAUAUGAUAACCUUCCAGUGGCAGUGUCUCUGUUAGCUAAGCAUGGUGCAGAUGGUUUUUUACUGAAUCUUGUUGAGGCCCUUGAUGGUUCUUUGAAGGAACAGAUUGACAUCGCUCAGAAUUUACUGAAUUUGUCUCUUUGUACUAUUAUAAGCUCAUGAAUCGGAACUUAUUGAUGGUGGGACGGAGAAUAGGUUGGGUGAUGCAUGCAAAAUCUCUGGACCCAACAUGAACCAUGAUAAAAGAUUCUCGACUCACUGAAAGAAUGCAACAGCCUGCUUGUAGGAACUACAAAUGUUGCAUACCAUUCUGUAUUUCUACUUUACUAUAGAGGUACUGUAUUAUGAAAUAUUCUCAGUCUAAUACUCUUUCCAUUUCUAAGUCUUGUAUCUGAAAUUGUACUGAAGUGCUCGUGUCAUCAACUAGAAUUUUAUUUUUGCCCCUCCAAGGCUCCUUUUAGGUUGCGGUACUGUUUGAGGGAUUCAGUCUGGAAUUUUUAGAUACAGCAGGCCAGAGGAUACAUUCACUGGUGAAGGUUUAUUUAUUUAUUUUCUGUGUCAGAUAUCUGUUAGGGGAUAAGUCGCACUAGUCCAAAAGCAGGUUUCUCUGCCCAUAGUUCAAUGAGUUGCAAAUAGGGCAAGUCUUAGGUGGAAAUUUGGUACUGCACUGACAACCAUUUGUUGAUUUGAUAAAAAAGGUUAAUUCACUUUGAAGUCUAGCUGUGAAAAUGUGCAUCUACAUGUCUCAUUAUCAAGAAAUGUGAGAUGUUAAGUUUU